AUGAGUAGAAAUAUUAGAGUACUUGAUCUUAAGAAAAUCUCUAAUACUAAGUUAUCGAUUAAAGCUCCUGUUCAAAUUCGAAAAUUUGAUUUAUCUAGAAUUAGAGAAUAAGAAAUUGAGUUUCAAAGUUUAGUUGAUUCAUUUGAAUCUGAUUAGAGGUACGACAAAUCUUAUUGUUUAGCAUUAAUUCACCUAUAAAUGGAUCAUUUAUUGUUAAAUCUUAACGUUCAUUGUCGAAGAAGAAAUAUACUAAUUCCAAAGAGGAGUAAAAUAUAUAUGGAUUAAAAAUUUUAAUGAAUUAGUGUUCUUCUUAAAAACAUUUUUCUUAAAAGCAUUUUGAUAGUAGAAGAUCUAGCACAGAUAUAAUAUAUUUGGAAUAAUAAUAAGAAAAGAGUAAUUUGGAAUGGUUCGAACAUUGUAAGGAAAUCAAACCACCAUAAGCAAAAUGCCAGUUUUUUCAUUAAAAAUUGAAGUACUUUAAAUUAUAAGUAGACAGUCAAUAUUUUUGGGAAGAUGUUACUAUUUUAGAUCUUGACGUUUAAUAAAAUAAGUUCAUAGUUUAAAAAUAUCCAGACGGUCAAAUUAAGAAAGUUGAUAGGUUAUCUCUUUAAUUUGUUAAUUAAAACUAAGAAAUAUAUUAAAAGGUUUAACAUUGCAAGUAAAAUAAUUAUUAUAUAAAAGCUAAUAGAGAUAAUUAUUAAAGAAGAUUGAACAUAAGAAAUAACAACAAAUCAUGUCUGUUCAUAACACUGAUGUCUCUUAAUUUCCAUAAACAUUAAGAUAAAAGUUAAUUAAGAAAUACAUGAAUUCUUCUUUAACUAUUUCUAUUUUAGUUGAAAUUGAAAAUGAGUAUAUAGUAGCAAUGAAAAAAUGUGCAGUUGGAAAUUAUGAUAAGAAAAUUAAAUUUGUCCCUUAAGAGAGAUAUUAAUUCUAUUCAACGAAUAAAAAACUUGUAAAGAAAUAGGUACACUUCUAUAAAAAAUCAGCAAUUUGUGCUAUGUAAAAUAUGAUUUAAAGAAUUGAUGAUUAUACAAUAUACACUUAUGAUUUUCGAUUGAUUCAAUUACCUAUCAAAUUAGAAGAAUUCACUUGUCUUAUUGAUUAAUAAAUCAUGCUUUAAUUAAAUGAAUUUAAAAAUUAACGAUUAUUUAUGCUUUCUAAUAUAUAAGAUUGCUUAUCUAAAGAGCACAGUUUUGUAACAACACAAUAAGAUUAAUUUAAAGGAGGAUAAUUAGAGAAAUUGUUAAUAAAAAUAAAUUAUAUUUACUUGAAUUUUCUAAAAAAACAAAUUGAAAAAGAAUAUCAUAAUUUAAAACUAUUUUUAAUAAAAUAUACUUACAAUUGUGAAAAUGAGGUAAAAAUUGAAUUAACUACUUUACUUGAGUUAAGUGUAAAAAUAAUUAUACCUAAAGGAGGGAAAAUGUCAAGAAAAGAUUAACGUCUUUCAAAUGUAUAAAUUAAUAAAUAAAAUGAUCCAAUUAUUUAUAUCUAAUACUCUCUUAAUGAUAUUUUAGAAUAAUUAUUAAAACCAUGUAGAUAGUUAUUAAAUUUUGUAUAAAAAAUCUAAACAAUCAGAAGUGAAUUAAUGACAUUAUUGUUAUUAAAAGAAACACUUAAAGAUAUAUUUGAUUAGAAAUAAAUUCAUGAUUUAGAAGAGGAAAUAAUAUAGAUAAUAACAAUAGAAUAUUAAAAAUGUUAUAAUUUAGUUGAAAAGUUUUAAAAAUUUAAGAAAUUUUUGAUUCCAUUAAAAUCAAAGGAAAUAGCUGAAAUAUUAGGAAUGGAACCUAAAGAAAAGUCUCUAACACCAAUAAAUAAGCAAUAAAUAAUUUAAAGAUUACAACAAUCAAGAAAUGCAUUAUUAGAGAUAGAUCAUUUAUGUAAUACUCGUAGUAGAUUGGGAUUGUUUUCAGUAAAUUUAAAUGAUUUAAAAUUAAUAUUAAAAGAAAAAGUAUAAGAUUAAGCAAAUCAAAUAACAAAUGUAUAAAUAUAUAUAAAUAGUAGAAAAUAAUUGAUUUGAUAAAAUAUAAUACUGUGAAUAUAAAAUAAUAGUUUGAUGAAAUAUAAUCUAAAAGUUCAACAUUACCUCAUACUGAAGAGAAAUUGGUGGAAUUAAAAUUAUUGUUAGGAGAGUUAAAGAUGGAGUUUUCUAGAAAGAAAGUUGAAAUAUUAUAGAUGUAAUAAAUAAAUAAUUAUAUAUUUAUAGAGGUGAAAUGCUUGAUGUAUUAAAUAUAUUUUAUGUUCCAUUUGAUUUUGAUUUAAUGAUAGAUUUUUUUUAAUUGAAAUUUUGGCCAUAAGAUAUAACUGAAUUAGUUUAAUUGAAUAAGAAUAUGAUUGAGAAACAAGAGAAAUAGUUUUUAGAAAAGCUUCGAGCAGAAAAGUAUGAGUUUGAAGAACAUAUUUACAGAAUAUCUGAAGUAUUUAAUGAGAUAAAAAAUUUUCAUUCUUAUGAAGAGGUUAAAUAUAAAUUACCAACAGUAAAGUAAUUAAAUUAAUAUUUUGAUGAUGCAAAAGAGAUGGCACAUUCAUUUCAUUAAAGAGAAGGAUUAUUUGGUUUACCUAAUUCUACUUAUCCAUAAUUAGAUUUAUUAAUAAGUGAAUUUUAACCAUAUUAAAAAUUAUGGGAGUUAGCUAGCAAUUUUGAAUAAUAAAAAGAUUAAUGGUUAUAUGGAUCAUUUAAAAAAUUGAAUUCUUAAGAUAUUUAAAUAAAAAUAAAUGAUUAUGUUAAUUAAACAAUUAAAAUGAGUCAAUAUUUCAAAGAUGUUAAUAAUGAAUAUGCAUAAUAAUUUUUAAGAGGUCUAAGAGCAGCAAUGGAAAGAUCAAAAGAAUUUAUUUGGAUUAUUGAAGCCCUUGUAAUAGAAGCAUUUUAAAAGAAACCAUCUUUUUGGAGAGAUCUAUUUCGUGAAUGUCAUAUAGCAAAUUUUGAUCCUAAAGAAGAUUUCCCUUUACAAAUUCUAAUUACAAGAGGGAUUCUAAAUGUAAAAGAAUAAGUAUUAGCUGUUUCUUAGAGAGCUGAAAAAGGAUGGAAUAUUGAAAAAAGACUUAAUGAAAUGUAAGAUAAAUUAUCAGUCAUUAUUAUUGAAAUUGUACCAUACAAAGAUACAUAUAUAUUUAAGAAUUAUGAAGAAGUUUAAAUGUUAUUAGAUGAAUAACUUAAUGUCUUAGGUAUUUUAAAAGCAUAACCUCAUGUAAAGAUGGUUUUAAGUAAAGCCAAUUAAUUAGAAUAUAAAACAGUUUUAAUUUAAGAUACAUUAGAGUAUGGAAUGAAAUGUUAAAAACAUUGGAUAUAUUUAGAUCCUAUCUUUACUAGUGAAGAUAUUAAGAAAAAAUUAGCAAAAGAAGCUUAAUUCUUUAGAAAUGUGGAUUAAUCAUUUAAAAUGUGUAUGGAAAACUUUAAUUAAAAUAGAAAGAUAUGGGAUUGUAUUGAUUCUGAAAAAAUGAAAAUAGAAUUUAGUAAUAAUGUUUUAAUGCUUGAUUAAAUAUAAAAAAGUUUAACAAUUUAUUUAGAAUCAAAAAGAGUAUUAUUUCCUAGAUUCUAUUUUGUAUCAGAUGAAGAAUUAGUUGAAAUAUUGGCAUAAACUAAAGAACCUGUUUAAGUUUAAAGACAUAUAUAUAAAUGUUUUGAAUCUAUUUAAGAAUUAAAGUUUGAAAAAUAUUCAUUAAUAACUGGAAUUUAUUCAUCAUUAAAAGAAUGUGUACCUUUAGAACAACCAAUAAAUGUUGCUCAAGAUGAUAAAUCUGGAAAUGUGGAAUUAUGGUUAUAAGAUUUAGAAACUUAAAUGAAAAUUUCUAUAUCAAGAAUUUCUAAUAGAACUUUAAAAGAUUUGAAUUGUACAAAAUAAGAGUUUAUUACUAAAUGGCCAACAUAAUCUAUAUUAUUGGCCAAUCAAAUUAAAUGGACUAGAAGUACAGAAACAGCUAUUAGAUAAUAAUAAAAAAUGAAUCUUAAAUUAUAUUUAAGUAUUUUACAUAAAGAACUUUAAGAUACUGUUUUAUUAGUUAGAUCAGAUUAAAAUAAAUUAUAAACUGCAACAUUAGAAGCAAUGGUCGUUAUUGAAGUACAUUAGAAAGAUAUUGUAGAUUCUCUUUAUAAGAAAAAUGUUUAAGAUGCAAAUGAAUUUAUUUGGAUCUCUUAAAUGAGAUUUUAUAAUGAAAUAGUUGAAUAAGAAUUUGUUGUUAAUGUUAAAAUGGUAAAUUCAAUGUUGAAAUAUGGUUUUGAAUAUUUGGGAAAUUUAACAAGAUUGGUGAUAACAAAAUUAACAGAUAGAUGUUAAAGAACAUUAUUGAGUGCAUUAAAUAUGAAUUAUGGAGGAGCUCCUGAAGGACCAGCAGGUACAGGUAAAACAGAGACAGUAAAAGAUUUAGCAAAAGCAAUAGGAAUGCCAUGUAUAGUAUUUAAUUGUUCAGAGGGAUUAAAUUAUAUAGCAAUGGGUAAGUUUUUUAAAGGUUUAGCAUCUUCAGGAUCAUGGUGUUGUUUUGAUGAAUUUAAUAGAUUAGAUCCUGAGGUAUUAUCUGUUGUAGCCUAAUAAAUAUAUACAAUAUUUUAAGCAGUAAAGGAAAAGAGAAUGCAAUUUAAUUUUGAAGGAGUAUAGAUAAAUUUAAGUUUAACGGUAUCAAUAAAUAUAACAAUGAAUCCUGGUUAUGCAGGUAGAUCUGAAUUACCAGAUAAUUUAUAGAUAUUAUUUAGACCAUGUGCUAUGGUAGUUCCAGAUUAUGCUAUGAUAGCUGAAAUAUAUUUAUAUAGUACUGGAUUUGAAAAAGCAAGAGAAUUAAGUUAAAAGAUAGUCACAUGUUUAAGAUUAUGCAAUGAAUAAUUAUCAUCUUAAGAACAUUAUGAUUUUGGGAUGAGAGCAUUAAAAGCAAUAUUAAGUGCUGCAAAGAAUAUGUAUGAAGGAUAUGAAGAUGAAAUAUGUUUAACAUCAAUAAUAAAUGUUAAUAAACCUAAAUUUAUACCUAAUGAUGUUGAUUUAUUUAUGGCUAUCACAAAAGAUUUAUUUCCUGAUGUUAAAUAAGUUGAAUAAAAUUAAUUAGAAUUGGAAGAAGCAUGUUCAGAAUUGAAUUGUUAGAUGGAUAGAUUAUUCUUAUAAAAAAUAGAAGAAUUAUAUAAUAAUAUAAAUGUUCGAAAUGGCGUAAUGUGUAUAGGAGAGACAUUCUCAGGUAAGACAACAACAAUUUAAGUUUUGGCAAAAGCUUUGAAUUGUCAAAUAUUUAAAUUGAAUCCGAAAUCUAUAAAUACAGAUUAAUUAUAUGGAUUUUUAGAUGCUGAUACAAGAUAAUGGUCUGAUGGUGUAGCUCCAAUUAUUAUAAGAGAGAAUAUAGAGAAACCAUAGAGAAUUUGGAUUCAUUUUGAUGGUCCAGUAGAUUCAUUAUGGAUUGAGAAUUUAAAUACUGUAUUAGAUGAUAAUAAAAAAUUAUGUUUGACAUCUGGAGAAAUAUUAAAGAUUCCAAAUACAAUGUGUAUGGUAUUUGAAGUAGAAGAUUUAUCAGCAGCAUCUCCAGCAACAGUAUCCAGAUGUGGUAUGAUUUAUUAUAUUCCAUUUAAAUGGCCAUCUUUAAUCGCAACAUUACAAUUACCAAAUGGAUUUGAUUUAGAUUAUUUUAUUAGAAGAAUGAGAUUGUAAUUAUAUAUUCAUCUAUUAAUUAGUUUGAUUGAUCAUACAUUAGCAUGGACUAAAUUAUAUGCUAAAUUUCCAGUUAUGUAUAUUGAAACCAUACUUGUUUCUAAUUUUAUUAAUCUUACAAAGAAAUGUUUAACACUUUUAAGUAUUGAAGAUAAAAGUCAUGAUAAUAUGGAUAAUAUGAUGAUUUUUGCAUUAAUUUGGUCAAUUGGAGCAGCUAUGGAUGAAAUUUAUAGACCAUAAUUUAGUAGAUUCAUAAAUUAAUUAAUAAAAACAAAUAAAUCUGAAAUGCAAACAAUUUAUUAAGAUGAAGCAUAUUUUGGAUUUCCAAAUAAUGAUGGAAUAGAUUAUUUUCUUCAUUGUUAUUAUAAUGGAAAAUGGGUAAAAUGGACUAAUGUAAUGUUUUUAUUUAUAUUAUAUAUAGUUAAGUAACAAGAAAUAAAUAAACCCUGAAAUGUAAUUCCAUUAAAUAGUUGUAUAAACAUAAUCUUCAAUAAGAAAUGAUUAUUUAGCAACAAUUGGUAUACAUAUGUUAUAUUGUGGUCCAACAGGUACAGGUAAAACUUUAUCUAUGGCAUCUAAAUCAGGAUUCUAAAUAGUAUGUUCUGGAUCUACAACUGGUAAUUCUAUAUAAAGAUUGAUUGAAACUAAAAUUAACAAAAGAAGAAGAAAAGGUUAUUAUGCAUCAGAAGAAGGACAUAUCUUCAUAUUUAUUGAUGAUCUUAAUAUGCCUCACAGAGAACCAGAAGGAGCAUAACCAGCUAUAGAAUUAUUAAGAUAAUGGAUGGAAAUGGGAGGUUGGUAUGAUUUAGACAAUAAAGAAUUUAAAUAUAUGUGUGAUAUCACAUUUCUUGGAGCUAUGCAACCUAAUAUUAGUGGUAGAAAUUAAGUCACUAAAAGAUUCUUAAGAUUCUUUAAUAUACUUUAUAUUGGAGGAUUUGAUAAUGAAAGUUUAACUAAUAUGUUAGAAGUCUUCAUCUAUUGGUUAUCUAUCAAAAUUGAUAAUGGAAGCGAAUUCUUAAAUAUUAAGGAUUAAAUCAUUCUUACUACUCUCUUCCUUUUUGAAAAAGUUUAAUCUAAACUAUUACCUACUCCUUCCAAAUCUCAUUAUAUCUAUACUGUUAGAGAUAUUUUUAAAAUAUUUCAAGGAAUUAGUAAAGUUCAUAAAAUAACUAAUUAAUAAUAUUUAAUCAAAUUAUGGAGUCAUGAAUGUGCCAGAAUCUUUUGUGAUAGAUUAGUCGAUUAAAAUGAUAUCAAAACUUAUAAUGAUAUUAUGAAGGAAUCCAUACAAUAAUUAUAUCCUGAUCAUCUCUAGCAUAAUCUCUUUCUACCUUUUUUUAAUAAUCAAUAUGAUGAAGCACCAAUCAUGCAUCGAGUCUAAGAAAAAGUUAAAUGGUUUCUAGAAUAAUACAAUUACCAAUAACAAUAAUACAAAAUGGAAUUGAUACUCUUUACUAAUGCUAUUUUACAUGUUGCUAGAAUCUCCAGAAUUCUAUUAAGUGGUCAUGCUUUACUCAUUGGAAUGGGUGGAAGUGGCAGAAGUAUAUAAAUAUUAAUAUAUUUUAGCAUCUUUGUCUAAGUUAGCUAAUUUCAUACUCUUCCAAUAAACUGCAGAAACUAUCGAUUCUAAACAAUGGGAUGAAAACCUACUCUCUGUACUCAAAGAUUCUGGGAUGGAUAAUUAAAUUAUAACACUCAUCUUCUAAGAAACAUAAUUUCAUUAGGAUUACAUGUUAGAAGAUAUUUGUAAUAUUAUGACUCACGGAGAAGUUUCUCAUCUCUUUCCUCCUGAAGAAAGAAUUAAAGUUUAAGAAGAACUACCAUACUAAUAAUUCAUCAAAAAUUGUAAACAAAAUAUGCAUAUCAUUUUAUGUAUGCAACCUAUUGGUGAAGCUAUUCGUAAAAGAUUAAGAUCAUUUCCAGCCAUCAUUAAUAGUACUACAAUAGAUUGGUUUAUGAGUUGGUCAGAUGAAGCUUUAGAAUCAACAGCUUUUGGGUUUUUGAAAUAGAAUUCUUUAGUGAAGGUUGCAGUUGAUAUCCAUCAUAAAGUACUUGAUUUAACAGAUAAAUAUAAGGAAGAAAUGAGAAGAUACUUUUAUGUUACUCCAACUUAAUAUUUAUAAAUGUUAAAGAUUUAUUAAAAGAUUUUUGAGGAGAGAAUGUUAAAAUCAAGGAAAGCAAUAGAUAGAAUGGAGACAGGAAUAGAAAAGAUAUUACAUACAGAAUAGGAAGUAGAUAAGAUAAGGAUUAUACUUUUUGAAUUGUAACCGCAAUUAGAGAAAGCAACAAAUGAAAAUUAGAUAUUGUUAAAGAAAAUAAAGAAAAGAUAGUAGGAUGCUGAUUAAAAGAGAAUGGUAUGUGAAUAAGAUGAAAAGGUAUGUAGUGUAUAAAGAGAAGAAGCUAAUUCAUUAAGAAAUAUAUGUUAAACAUAAUUAAAUAAUGUAAUACCAUUAUUGAAAUAAGCAACAGAUGCAUUAGAGAAGAUAUCAAGAGAAGAUAUGAUAUUAUUGAAAUCAUUUAUUUAUCCUCCUCCAUCAGCUGCAAUAGUAAUGGAGGGACUUUGUUAUGCUUUUGAGAUUGAUGAUUAAGUUUAAUCAAAGAAUAAAGAUCCUCCAACAAUUUAAGAUUUUUGGGAUUUUGCAAAAAAGAAUUUAUUAAAUGAUAAAUUAAUAAAAAGAAUAAAAAAGAUGAAAUUAGAAGAGAUAAGAGCAAUAAAUAUAGUUAAUAUAGAGAAAUUAGAAGUAUUUUCAUAGAAUCCUCUUUUUGAAAGAGAUAAAGUAUUUAAUGCAUCAACAGCAGCAGGUAAUUUGUCUGAUUGGAUAAGAGCUGUAUUAAAUAGUUAUUAAGCAGUUGAAAUAAUUGAACCUAAGAAAUAAUAAUUAGCAGAAGCUGAAAUAAGAUUAAAAGAUGCAGAAGAGAAAUUAGGUAUUAAAAGAUCAGCAUUAGAUGAAGUUAUGAUUGAAUUAAAAAGAUUAUCAAAUGAAUAUUAAAAGGCAAGAAUAGAAAAAGAAUAAAUUGAAUAAAAAGUUGAAAGUAUAACAAUACAAUUAUAGAGAGCAGAAAAAUUAACUAAUAAUCUUUCUGAUGAAAAAGUUAGAUGGAAAAAGAAAACAUAAAAAAUAAAAGCAGAAUAAAAUACUCUUGAAGGAGAUAGCAUUUUAUGUUCAGCAUUAAUAUCAUACAUGGGUGUAUUUCCUAUUUAAUAUAGAGAAAAUGCAAUAUAAUUAUGGUAGAUGAAAUUAUUAUAGGAAGGUAUUUAAUCAUCAUCUCCAUUUUAAUUAUAAAAGUAAUUAAGUGAUCCUUUAUAAAUAAAUAAAUGGAUUCAAUAGAAAUUACCUAAUGAUUAAUUUUCUAUAGAUAAUGCCAUCAUUAUGAAGCAAUCAUCCAAAUGGCCUUUAAUAAUUGAUCCUUAAUUAUAAGCUAAUUAAUGGAUCAGAAAUAUGGAAGAUAUUAAAAGUUUAUUGAUUUUUAAUGCAAGAUCUCCAAUUUAAUAAGUUUAAUUAUAAUUAGAACAUGCUAUUUAAAUUGGUUACGCUGUUUUAGUUGAGAAUGUUACAGAAGAUAUUGAUCCAUUAUUUAUUUAAAUAUUAUCAUAAAAAGAUUUUGGAUCUACUGCUCAAAUUAAAUUCUUUGAUAAAAUAAUUGAAUAAUCUAAUGAUUUUAGAUUCUAUUUAACAACUAAAUUAGAUAAUCCACAUUAUUAACCAUAAAUUUGUGUAAUGGUAACUCUACUUAAUUUUUAAGCUACACUACAAGGACUAACUGAUUAAAUGUUAAAUGUUGUUGUUAAAAUUGAUGAACCAGUUAAAGAAGAAUUGAGAAUUAAGAAUAUAUUUUACUUUAUAUCGAAUCAAGAUAAAUUGAUUAAAACAGAAGAUUAAAUGUUAGAAUUAUUAUCAUAAGCGGGAGGAGAUUUAUUAUAAAAUGAAACAAUCAUUAUUGCUUUAUAAAAUACAAAAGAUGAAGGAAAUAAUAUUGAAGAAAGAAUUCGUAAAUUAGAAACAGACAGUUAAGCAUUUAAUGUCACUAGAUAAUCAUAUUAAUAAGUAGCUGAAACUGUUGCUAAUUUAUAUUUUGUAGUCUAUUAUUUAGCAACAGUAGAACCUACUUAUUUAUGGUCAUUAGAUUUUUAUGUCUCUCUUUAUUCUAAGGCUAUUAAAGAAGCUUCAUAAGGAAAACUUAGAAGAAAUCAAUAUAUUAUAGAUAAAUUCAUAAUUAUGCUUUACAAUGCUGUUAAUAGAUCAUUAUUAGAGAAAGAUAAACUCAUUUUUAGAUUUCUAUUAUGUCAAAGACUUAUGAAUGUUCCCAUUAAUUUAGUUAGAACAUCUGUUAUGGGUUGUUCAUUGACAUCUACAGAAAUAUCUAUGCCAUAAGAUUAUUUAUGGUUAACUUACAAAAUGUGGUUAGCUUUAGUUGAUUUAUAAUAAUAAUAUCCACUCAUAUUCAAUGGACUUUGUGAUUCCUUUCUUAAUAACAAAUCUUUUUGGGAUCAUUUUUAUUUAAGUACUCAUAGUUUCAAAAUUUCCAUUCUUAAUCUAGACUAAUUUUAAAUUAAUAUGAUAGUCAAAAUUAUUAAACCAGAAUAAUUCAUUUAAGCAACUAAUGAAAUGAUAAGAACAUUUAUGGGAUAAAUCUUUUUAGAAAGUAUUCCUAUAACAUUUGAAUAAUUCUAUCUAGAAUCAGAUUAAAAUACACCAUUAUUAUGUGUUACAACACCUGGAGCUGAUCCUAGAUCUGAAAUCAUAGCACUUGCUAAUAAAUAUGGUUUUUAAGAUAAAUUAAAUGUUAUUUCAUUAGGAUAAGGACAAAGUUAAUUAGCAAUUAAAUUAAUAUUAAAAGCUAUAUAAAAUGGCAAUUGGGUACUUCUACAAAAUUGCCAUUUAGCUGCAUCAUUUAUGCCAGAAUUAGAAAAACUUUAUGAAAAUCAAUUAAAAUAAAAUAUUCAUUAAAAUUUCCGUCUUUGGUUAACUACUUUACCUACUAAUCUAUUACCAUAAAAUGUAAUAAUAAGAGGUAAUAUAUUAUAGAUAUUAAAUUAAUAGCACUCAAAAUGACUUAUGAAUUACCAAGAGGAAUAAAAAAUAAUAUGUUAAGAUCAUAUCUUUCUUAAGAUCCAGAAAAGUUUGAAAACUGCAAAAGAUUAAAAGAAUGGAAGAAUCUUUUUUUUUCUUUGGCUCUUCUUCAUGCAAGUUUGUUAGAACGUAAGAAAUAUGGACCAUUAGGAUGGAAUAUUGGAUAUAAUUUUUCUUAACAUGAUUUAGAAAUGUCAAAAGAAUAAAUUUAAUUCUUUCUAGAUUAAAAUAAUGACAUUCCUUGGGAUGCUCUUCAUUAUCUUAUUGCUGAAAAUAAUUAUGGAGGAAGAGUAACUGAUCCUGUUGAUAGAAAAUUACUUAAUAUUUAUGUUUCUGAUCUUAUUAACAAAGAUAUUGUAGAAGGAUUUUCAUUCAAUGAUGUUUAUAAAGUACCUUCAGAAAUGCCAUUAAAAGGCUAUAUAGAUUAUAUUUCUACUUUUCCAGUUGCUGAUCCACCUCAAUUAUUUGGUUUGCAUCCAAAUGCUGAAAUAUACUCAGCUAUUCUAGAUACAGAAAAUUUAAGUUCCACUAUUCUACAAUUACUUCCUAGAACUUUAGGAGAUCAAAGCAUUCAUCCAGAUAAACUAGUUUAGAAAAAAAGUAAAUCUAUUUUAAAUUAACUACCUACUGAAUUUGAUAUUCAAAUAGUUGAAUAAAAGUAUCCAUUACUUUAAGACAAUUCUAUGCAUACGCUUAUAUAACAGGAAGUUAAUAAAUAUAAUCGAUUAAUUAAUCGAAUAUCGAAAUCUUUAGAAUAACUUAUGCAAGCCUUAGAAGGAUACAUCAAUAUGACUGAUUAACUUAAUGAUAUUUACAAUUCUAUCUUUGAUAAUAAAAUACCCUCUGAUUGGAUUAAGCUCUCUUAUUUAACUACUAAACCUUUAGGAUCCUGGUUUAGUGAUUUAAUUAAAAGAUUAUAAUUCUUAGAUAAUUGGAUUAAUCUUGGUGAACCUACAAUCUUUUGGCUUGGAAGCUUUUUCUUUAUUCAAGGAUUUCUAACGGGAGUCUUAUAGAAUUAUUCAAGAAAAUCCAAAAUACCUAUUGAUCAAUUAAAAUUCGAUUUUGAAUUCAUUAAACUAAAUCCAACUCAAUAAUCUACAAAUGGAAUCUAUAUUGAAGGAUUAUCUAUUGAUGGAGCAUAAUUCGAUUUAGAAGAAUAAACUCUUCUAGAACCAGAAACUAAUAUACUCUUUUUUAAAUGUCCAAUUAUUAAGUUUUUACCAACCAAUCAAACUAAAAAGUAUAAUCAUUACUCUUGUCCUUUAUAUAAUACUUCUUAAAGAAAAGGAGUUCUAACUUCUAAUGGUUUAUCUAUUAAUUUCAUUUGUAAUAUUAAAAUACCAAUAAAAAAUGAAAAAAAACAUUGGUCCAAAAGAGGAGUGGCUUUAAUUAUUUAAAUUGAUUGA